GGUGCGGGGCCGGAGCUGGCGGCACACAUGGAUGACAGCAAGGUGGUUGGAGGCAAGGUAAAGAAACCAGGCAAGCGAGGUCGUAAACCAGCCAAAAUAGACUUGAAGGCAAAGCUUGAAAGAAGUCGUCAGAGUGCAAGAGAGUGCAGAGCUAGGAAGAAGCUGAGGUACCAGUACCUGGAAGAGCUGGUUUCAAGCAGAGAGCGAGCCAUCUGUGCUCUUCGGGAAGAGCUUGAAAUGUACAAGCAGUGGUGCAUGGCGAUGGACCAAGGGAAAAUCCCCUCUGAAAUAAAAGCCCUGCUAACUGGAGAGGAGCAGGGCAAAGCACAGCAGAACUCAAUCAAACUGGCCAAGGCUGGGAAGACAGAAGCAAACAGCAGCAAUCCCUGAGGCAGAAUGCAGAACCUUCCUCACUGCAACAGAGAUAGCUUGGUAGCUAGCAGAAGAAUGCUGUUGUCAGAGAAGUGGAUGCAUCCUCGGGUGCAGGGGGAAGGAUCCAAGUCCGUUGGCUUCUUUUUGCUCCUCCCCACAUGAAACUGAUUUUUGGUGUUCCUAAGCCUGCAUGGAGUGGGGUUUUGGGGGUAAUAAGUGUUUGUGUAAGCGGAGCCUUGUUCUUCCUUUCUCUACACCACCUUCCCCAAAUACAGCUAUGGCAGCUUUUGGGCAUUCCCAAUAAGAGGCAGGGGCUGUUUUUGUGUCAGAGCCCAGAGUUAGACUGGCUUUGUGGUCAGUAGUUAUGUGGUUGGUAACCGUUGUGGGAGUCUGAGAGGUUUUUU